CAUCCUAUGUUGAGAAAGAGCGGGGGUCCUGAGGCACACGAUCCGACGGUCACUGAAUUUGACAUAAAACCGUGCUAGCCGCGGAGGUGAAUGUUGAGUGCCUUCAGCCGUGCAAACUGCAAACACUCGAGGAGGGAUAUGAAAAGAUCUCCCUGACCGAGCCUAUGUGCAUGAAAGCCGCCGGUGUUGGAUUUUCACGCUGCAUGCCGCUGGCCCCGUGACAAUUGUCACGCCUUAAUGGUGGCCAUGGUUGUACAUCUGUCAAAUAAACAUAUUUGCUGGAUUUCUGGUUAAAAUAAAAACGUUAUCGUGCCUAUUUAUGCGCAAUAACAAACUACAAUUCCCAGAAUGCGAGAGCUCCAACUCUGACUGGUCAAAUGACACACUAACGCGAAUCACCAGUGCACACGCCCACCCCAAAAAAAAUAAAAAUAGGCAAACGCGAGUCAUUUUCAACGUGCCUUCUAAAUAGAAUAAGCAAGUGCGAGUCUAAUGGAUAAUCUUGGCCUGGCUAAAAGAUACUGCUUUCGACUAAAUAUUUUUGACACAAAUUACGGCUCAACCCGCCAAUAACGUCUGGGCACCAGGUGAAGUUUCUGCGGCUUAAAUCCACCUUUGGCAAAGUUGGCACUUGUCGUCCGAGAGUUUGACAGGUAAGAUACACCCACGUGCAUCCUUUUUGGCCAGGAUCCGUCUGCCCGCACUGAAGUGACGCACUCUCGUCUACUAGGUGAAAGACGAGGAUCCAACACUAUCCCCACCCCACGUAUCAGCGGACAAGCUCGCAGCUCUCAGGAACACGAAAAAGGCAGACAUCAUGGCUUGCGAAGGAGUUAGUCCUAGUGAGUGCGAACGGCAGUUUUGUGAACUGUGCGGGAAAAUGGAGAAUUUAUUGUUGUGCGGCCGUUGCCGGAACUCUUUCUACUGUAGCAAAGAACACCAGCGACAGGACUGGAAGAAUCACAAGCUAGUCUGCAAAGGAAAUAAGCCGCGCACGAUUAUUGACACUAACCCAUCGAAACCGCUUCAGACUUCUUCCUCUGCAGAUACUGUUUCCUCAGACGGUGGGUUAUCCGUGUCCUCGGGGGAAACUUCGAAGUCUAAAACUUUAGGAAGUGGUCUACCCGAAGAGAGCUCUGCUAAUACCCUGGGUUUCGGGGAAUCGAAACAGAGGGAGCUUGUGGUCGGAGGAGCCACACUAAGGGCCAUCAAUGAGGAGGAUUACACCCAGACAUCUGGGGAGGCUGGUGGGAGCAGCACAGCGAGGAGAGCGGACGGCAAGGGAAAAGUAAAUGGCCAGAUUAAGCCCCUGUUGCAGAAACUAGCCCAGGAAUACAUAAUUCCCUGCAUGAACAAGCAUGGAAUCUGCGUGCUGGAUGAUUUUUUGGGCCAGGAUUUAGGGGAGAGGAUUGCCAAUGAAGUCAAAGCUUUGCACAAAACUGGACGGUUUACAGAUGGCCAGCUUGUCAAUCAGAAGAGCGACUCGACCCGUGAUAUCCGGGGUGACCAAAUCACUUGGGUGGAGGGAAAAGAGGCAGGCUGCAAAGCUAUCAGGGAUUUGAUGAACAGCAUGGAUGAUCUGAUAAGGCAUUGCAAUGGCAAACUAGGGAACUUCAAGAUUAAUGGCAGGACAAAGGCAAUGGUCGCUUGCUACCCAGGAAAAGGGACAGGAUAUGUGCGACAUGUCGAUAAUCCAAAUGGAGAUGGAAGAUGUGUCACAUGUAUAUACUAUCUGAACAAAGGAUGGGAUGUAAAGGCGAAUGGAGGAGUUCUUCGCAUUUUUCCAGAGGGGAAAGCUCAGUUUGCUGAUAUUGAGCCAAAAUUUGAUAGACUAUUGUUUUUCUGGUCUGACCGUCGCAACCCUCAUGAAGUCCAGCCAGCCUUUGCUACAAGGUACGCAAUAACCGUGUGGUAUUUUGAUGCAGAUGAAAGGGCCAGAGCCAAAGAAAAGUAUCUGAACACAGGUGAAAAGGGAGUGAGAAUUGAACUUAAAGCAUCUGACUCUGCUUUGAAAGAUGUUUUUUAAAGCCUUUCUGAUGGUAGAAUUUUUUUUCCCUCAAGAAUGCUAAUUUUGAAGAAUGUCUUUGCCACAAAGAAAGCAACAAACAAUGGCCUUCAUGUUAUCUUGGAAAUGUGAAUAUGUGGAAGAAUUAAGUUAAUUUUGUAUUUUUUGUUUAAUGUUCAAUCUUUUUGUAUCUUGUGUACAAAUUAGAAUGCCAAUACUACAGUGCUGUUAAUGUUUUAUAAAUAAUUUGAGCAAAGAAAAUGUUCACUCACAUAUUUGACGUAAAUACUCUCUAUUCUUAGACUUGUCAAGUAUUUAUUUUUUGAACAAAAAUCAUAUUAAUCCACAUGUUUUGUAACGUUACAUGGGCAUCCUAAUAUAUGUUUAUUCUGUCAUAUACACAACCACUACACUGUCUUUUUGUCUUUGCAUUUGAAAUGCUGAAACUGAGUAAUGUCAGAAAGAAAAACCCUCUAACACUCUAGACAUUAUAACACUAGAAGUGUGCAGUAGUAGUUUUAGUGCCAUGAAUCCCCUGGCAAAAUCCCUGUAUAAGCAAACCAUUUAAAAAUGUAUUGACACUUGAACUGUUUGUCAGGACUGCCUUGCUAUGCUAAAAUGGGCAUUCCUGCUUCUGUAUUAGCAUACGACUUUUGGACAUCAUUCAUUGGCUAAGAGCAGUUGGCUGAUGCUCACAGUGAUUCUAUAUGUUCAAAGUUGUCUUUACUGUAUAAAUGCAGACUGGAAGGACUAAAGUGCCCAACAGAGAAAGUGCGUAAACUGUUUAACUGUUUUCAAUAAAUCUCCAAUCACCAUAGCCAAUACAUGAUGCUGUAGUGGUUAUGUUGCCAGAAAUGCAUGAAUAAUGUUCAAAGUUGCACCACACCCAUGUAAGUAACCAAACAGUUUCUUUCAUUAGGUGGGUGUCAGAGCAUUCCCGUCCCUAUAACCACUGCAGCGUGUUGUAGUUGUUAUUGUGCAAUUUAAAGUGUUCCUUUAAAGGGACACUAUAGUAACCUGAACAACUUUAGCUUAAUGAAGCAGUUUUGGUGUUUAGAACAUGCCCCUGCAGCCUCACUGCUCAAUCCUCUGCCAUUUAGGAGUUAAAUCCCUUUGUUUAUAAACCCUAGUCACACCUCCCUGCAUGUGACUUGCACAGCCUUCCAUAAACACUUCCUGUAAAGAGAGCCCUAUUUAGGCUUUCUUUAUUGCAAGUUCUGUUUAAUUAAGAUUUUCUUAUCCCCUGCUAUGUUAAUAGCUUGCUAGACCCUGCAAGAGCCGCCUGUAUGUGAUUAAAGUUCAAU